UAAAAUUUCAUGUCAGCAAGUUACACCACAGGAUGUAAUCAUGAUCUCAAUCUGCUUCAUUUCAUGAUCUAGAAUUUUUAUUCAAUGGAGCUGCUCAAGUUGUGUGUGGCUAGUUUUGUUAGGUAUGGGUUUUGAAGACAUCAGAGAACUUGGGAUGCCUCUUCUCAGCACCUUGUCUGAUUGCUCUGAUGAUGAGAUGGAGCAUCCCAAAUCAACUUUCUCUGGAAAUGUCAUCAGGCCAGAUGAGUUUUCUGACAACUCAGAUUCAUCUGAUGAUUCAGAAGAAGAUGAAAGUGAUGAAGAAACUCAAGAAGAAGGUGAUGAAAUUAAUAGUGGAGCAGAAGGAUCUGAUUUGGAGAUAAGAGGCAAGAAGAACACUAAACGAGUGAUCAGCAGUUCGGAUGAUGACCAUGGAUCAGUCACCAGUGACGAUACACAAUCAGAUGAUGCUUCAUCUUCAAGCAAAGACCCUUGUGCCAUCUGCCUUGGGAUGUCAAUGGGACUUAUUGGAUCUCCUGAAAACUGCAACCAUGCAUUUUGCCUUGACUGCAUCCUUGAAUGGGCAAAGAACAACAAUUCUUGUCCUCAAGAUAGAAUUAGCUUUGUCAAAAUUCUAGUACGAAGAAGACUGGGUGGCCCAGUAAUAAGAACUGAAGAGGUAGCAGAGGCUGAGCCAAGUGAUAUACCACCUGAAGACGAGGAUUUUACCCGCUGUGAGGUGUGCCAGCGUGGUGAUCGUGAGGCUGAGCUGUUGCUGUGUGAUGGCUGUGAUCUCGGCUACCACAUGUCAUGUCUCCAGCCUUCUCUACGAGCUGUGCCUGUACACGAGUGGUUCUGCCCCACAUGUUCCCCUGCUAGCAACAAUAGUGACGAGGGUGAAACUGCAGCAGAUGUUCGUUCUCAGCAACCUAGGGCUGGAGGCAGACUGAUCCCGAGGACGCGGGCGUCUGAAGUGGUGAGAGCUCGCAUCACGCGGUCACGGAUCACACGGUCCCAACACACAACAAGCCGACGCACAGCCCACAAUUCUUUUAUUUUAAAUGACAUUGAGGAAUCAAAUGAAGAAAGUGACUUCAACCCAACCACCGAGUCUGAUGAAACUGACGAUGAAAUGGACGAGUUGCUUGCAGCAGAGGAUGAUGUACCAAUCACCUCUGAAACACAGGUCAAAACUUCGACCAAGAGGGUCACGACUACCACUACAAAAGUUGUCAAGAAGAAACGCAAGGUGGGGAGAAAACGCUCGUCACGAAAAGCACCUGCAGGCGCCAGGAGAAGAAAGAAGGGAACUUCCAGGAGACGACGCAAGUAUCGGACCAAAAGGCGCACCGCUGGCAAGAAAUUUAAACGCCGCACCAGCAAGAAAAUGAUCCCCAAAGAGACACCCAAGUCUCGCCUGGCAUCAGUCCUUGGCCUGAAAGCUCCAUGCAAGAGUUACCAGCUCGGCUUACCCAGUCUACGUAACGUCCAUGACAAGACCGUCGCCAGCGCCGGCAGUACCUCUGCUUCUGCUCUUUUGGCCGUGGCUCCUCUCACGCUACUAGGAUCCAGUUCUUAUCUCGACUAUUCGGGACUUGAGGACCCAAGCCCUUGUGACGUCCGCACUUCAGUACCCGGCAAGCGGUCCACCCAAGCCGGUGCUGGAGGUGCCGGCCCGCUCGCAGGAGUGGCCAGCGCGUUGUCGCUAAAGGCACGCAUGUCGCACUCGCCUCUGAUGGCUGCAAGCGUACGACGCUGGCCUUUGAAACCUGCUAAGAAACGCAUUUCUUCUAAAGACAGCAUUGCUGCUUCCAUCAAUAGUGCAAUUCAAACUUCUAUGGCCCGGAAUGAAGAAAAAAGCAGAAAAAAAGAAUUGGUCAGGAGAAAAGUCAUUGAAGUUGAAAAACCGCGAGCAAUUUCGAAGUUUUCCAAGUUAGAUGGAAACUCAAAUUCUAUUGGUCUGCUUGAUGCCAUCAUGCAAAGUCAAGAUAUGCUACAUUCUGGAAAUUUCAUCAUUAGUAAGAAUCGCAGAGAAAUUCUUCCUUCGGGACCCUCGAAAGAUGAGAAGUCUUCAAGCCUCUUGACAAAGAAAAUACCCGAGUCUGUACCAACAAUAAUUGGCAAUACAAGUGCUUCUGGGAAACAGUGUAAAGGCGGCAAUGGUGAGUCUUCUAAUUCCGGCUCAGGUGCUGGCAACGACGGAGGAACUAGUAAAAACAAUGGAAACUCCACAUCAGCUAGUGGAGGGAGUGCCUUUGGGGUAUCUGGGAACUCGAGUUCAGUUGGUGGGGGUGGCUUAGGAGGUGCUGGUGAUGACGACGACGAUGAUGAUGAGAGAAGGAAUCGUAAUUAUCGUGAUAACAACAAAAGAUUCUCCACUUUUCCUUUAAUUGAUGAAGCUGAUAGUCCGUCCAUUAGAAAUGAUCGUAGAAGGCUAACGGACAGCAAAAACGAGAAGAUGAAUAAAAUUGAAGAGAACUCGUGCAGUGACUAUGAGCCUGACGAUGGCGAUCGAGAGUCGUCAGUUGAAAAAGAUAUUGUAGAGAAUGAAUCACAGGCUUAUGCCUCUAGAAGUCCUGGUCAUACGCGUGAUAAUGAAGACGGAAAUGGUAACUGGGAUGAACAAUCGAUUGCCGCUAAAAAUAUAAAAUUUUCUAGUGACGAAAAUCUAGAUGAACAGCCUACUUCUGGUCGCCCUUCCCUAGGUGCUGACAGUGACUACAGAUGUGUAGUAAGCAGUGGAGGUGAGGCCCAGUUUUCGAGAGAAAAUAUUACUAAUAAACGUGGAAUUACAGUAGAAGGGGACAAAAAUGUAACUACUGAAGCAUGUUCCAGUGAGAUGAAUAUGGUUCAUGCCAUCCCAAUGCCCUCACAACCUGAUGGCGGUAGCUUAGCUUCUCUUGGUCAGUUUGACUUAGAAGCUGUCUCUGAUACUGACUCCCCGGAGCUCCACUGCCCUUCUCCCGACACUCCCAGCAGCUUGUCUUUGUCUGACAGUAAUUUAGGGGACAAUGAAGUAACUAGCAGUACUAAUGAAGUUCUGCAACCACGUGAUGACUAUUCCGUCCUCGCUACUCAACAGCUAUUGGCCCCUGGCCCAGUAGUGCAUAAGUUAGGAGGACGCGUGCCUUUAGCGACCUCGACUGCGUCAGUACCUCCUCUGCAACCUCCUCCUCAUCUCAGAAUGCAGCAGCAAAGUACCAACUUGGGAUUAGAAGGGCUAGAAACUGAAGUCAUUUCUGAUAAUGAAGAUCUUAGUUUUGAUGACAAUGAUAUCAUUGAAGAAGGUGAGAUUCCUAACGAAGUUGAACCUCCUCGUUCAAGUCAGUCUUCUCUACCACACAACCGCCCCCGCAUCAGCUUGAGCCUGAGACGCGCUAUUGAAGUUUCGUCGCCUCUGCGAGAGUUUGACGGAGAUUAUGAAGAAGGAGAAAUCGUUGAUGACGCUAUGAAGUCCAAGGAAAAAGAAAAAACUUUGGAUGUUGACAACGAUGUCAGCAAGACGAGCAGUAAUAGUGCCGAUGUCAGUGGACAAAACCAUGAGGAUGGUAAAGAUCUUGAUAUUUCGGACGAUUUUCCAGCUUCUUCCGCCAGCAAAUCCGACGAAAAGAAAAGUGAUGAGAAAGAAAAUGUUAUACCUGAGCGUGAUUUGAAUAAAUUAUCAGAUGCUGCAGGUACUCAAACAAGCUCAAAGGAUAAUUCUGGUGCAAAAGAUGAAAAAGCUAAAGGAAAAGAUAGAGAUGGCAAAAAAUUGAUUAAAGGGAAGGAUGAGGCUGAUGAAAGAGAAGGAAAUCGAGACAAAGAUAUUUCAUUCAAGAAAAUAUCACGUAGCAACAGAGAUAGAAAUUAUCGGGACACCGAUGGAGACAAGAGUAUUCAUAGAAGCAGCAGACGUGUAGACAAGAGUGCAGACAGGGAAAGAAAUGAACGACAUCAUAGUAAAGAGAAGUUAAGAGAGCGAGACAAAAAUCGAGAAAGAGAGAGAAUGUCAGAAGGCAGUCGAGACCGACGAGGAUUGCGACGAACUCCUGAUAGAAGAGCUAGGAGAGAUGGGAGAGAAUCGUCCGGAAGACGAGGCGACGAAAGAACACGUGAGAAAGAUCGGGAGAGGGAGCGAGAAUGGGAUAGAAAGAAAGAGCCUAAAAGAAAAGAAAUGGAACGGUACAAUGUCCGUCGGCUCAUCACACAAAAAGAGGCUGAACGCAAGAAGAAAGACGAAUUUGGACGAGACGUUGCCCUGAGAUCCGAUGGACGCUCGCGAUCUCCAUCGAAGCGAGGCGGAGGCAGCAGGUCCAAGUCUCCUAAGAAAGCCGAGUCACGGGUCCGACGACCUGUCCGUAAAAGAAGACGGAGUUAUUCUUCAAGUUCCUCAUCAUCUAGUUCAUCUUCGAGCAGCUCAUCUUCAUCCAGCUCUUCAUAUAGCUCGAGCUCAAGCUCUUCUUCAGUGUCGCGUUCACGCUCAAGAUCUUCAGAUAAACGACGUCGGAGAAGAAGAAAGUCUUUAUCCAGGUCUAAAUCUCCAGUAAAGCGGAAGGGUGCUAACAAGCAGAGUAUAAAAGCUGGUAAAGUUAUUGCAAAACAAGUAGUGCCAGCUCCGCCUUCUGUAGCUAAGAUCAAAGAUAAGACCAAAGAAAAAUUAUUGAAAAAGAAACCUCAGCCUCCAUCAGUGCAGGAAACUGUUCCUGAGAAGGGAAGGAAGCGUGUCGAUAAAGAGGAAACACGGGAAAAGGAAAGAAAAGUACGUAAUAAGCCUGAAAUUGAAAGCAAGGAUAGACGAAUCGAUGGAGAAAAGAAGAAAAGAAAGAGAGAAAGAAAUGAACAAUUGAGCAAAGAAGUUUAUCAGGCGGGCGGCAGUAUCAUGGUAAGUGUUAACUUUUCUCGUACCUCUGGCAACACAACCAACACCGUCACGGGAACCGCUAACGGAAGUAAACGUAAAAACAGGGACGUUGAUGGAGUGGAAAAGCAGCAGCAGCCGCAAAAUUUCCAGAAUAAUUCCUUGCCAAAUUCAAAAAGGAUAAGACGGGAGGCUUCUUCCAGCAGCAUUGCUGCCCCCCCUCGAGCAAGCACCAACAGGCCAGGUUCUUCCAUUAGCCAACGCAAUGCACGAACUUGCUGGUCGAGGUCACGUUCUAGAUCGCCAACUGGCAAGCAUACUCCUCUUCAAGAUGAGCCCAUGUGGUCACCCAGAAGUCGAGGUCCUGCAACUGGAUUGAUUCCAAUAGUGGCUUUGGAGGACAUCCCUGGAGUGCGUCUUGAUAAUUCCGGUUUGAAAUCACCCGAGAUGGGCGACAUGGACGUAAUCCUGGUGACACCGCCCCCACAGGAGCCUAUCCUCAUCUCAGACUCGGAAGACGAGGGCAUCACUCGCCUGCCUCCAGAUCUUGGUCUCCCAGCCGCAGUUGUCCCCACGCCCACUCGACCUACAGGCCCCAAGACUCCACCUGAACCUGGGGUCAAGUUUACUCUUUCUAGUAAGGCAGCGUUGAAGCCCAUAAGCAACCCACUAGGGGAAGAGGAUGAGGAACGAAGAGGCCCGAACACCCCGCCUGGUCCUCCCCCCGAGAGUGAUGAAAGUGCGGAGCAGGGCAGAGACAAAGAUGAAGGCAGUGGAGUCCCAUGUUCACCUGCUGGGACCCCUCCAAACUCUUCUCCAGAACCCGAUGUUUAUGACCCCUUUGAGCCAACGAAAUCUCCAUCUCCAUCGCACUCAACAGCCCCACAGUCACAGGAGUCGCACUCACCGCAGCAAGAAGCCCGUGUUAGCAGCAGUGACCAGGCAACACCGCAGUCACCAAAACCUUCCCCUCAAUCAGCUCAGGCACAGUGCUCAGUUCAGUCACUAUCGUCUUCUCAGAGUGGUUUACCUACCUCACAACAAAACAAUUCUCCUAUCGAGAUCAUGGAGGUACUUCAAAGCUCUCCUUCCAAGAACGCCAAAGUUUCAAAAGCAACCCAGAACUCAACGCCUCCACCGCCGCUGCCUAUGGAACCUCCUCAGCCUGAAGAACGACCGCCAGAACCAAAAAAGCCACCGCCGCCGUCUGAAGAGGAGGCGUCCAGUACCGUUGUUUCCUUGCCGCCAGCCACUAAAAGUUCUGUUACUGGCGUCCCGGUCGUUGCGCCGCCAGCUCCUUCCGUCAGUACUUCCACUCUUACGACUGCGACUAACACCCAGCCUCUUAACCCUGUACAGACGCUCUUUGCUGGCCUACCAGCAAAUGUUGCCAAUAUUCUUUACCCUGCUGCUCUUGCCGCGGCGGCCAUGCAACAACAUCAACAAUCGCAACAGCAAGCGCAGGCUCAAAUGCAACCUGUACGUCCUUUACAGCUUCCUGACUUGAGCAAACCACCACCAGAUAAACCAAAUCUCAAACAGCCUCCACCUUCCAAAGUUCCUGCUCAAAACGGACAGCCUGGUAGCUUGCUGAGCCUUCCUUUGCCACGCAUGCCAUCAAACUCUCUUUUCGAUUUGGACGCUGCGUCGCCCACUUCUCCUGCUAGCUCAGACGCUAGUGAUAUUUUUGAGCCACCCUCUCCUUCUCACUCCACAUCACCGCGUAAACAUCGAUCAUCUCAGAAGUAUUCUAAGAAAUCAUCAUCAUCUGGUGGCCCUACUGACAAAUUCGACACUCUUUUUGGUGGGAGCGGAGGAAGUAAGAAACAUUCAUCGGGGCAUCAAUCUAGCAAGCACAGAAACGCCGUGAAACUUGCAAAGCUCAAGAGUGCAGUUAAAGGAGUGGACGAAGAUAUUCCCAACUCUGCAGUCGAUCUUCAAGUCAAAGAAAAGUUCCUAAAGAAGUUGCAGCGCCAAGACCGGGUGGUUGAGGAGGUCAAGCUCAGCCUCAAGCCAUUCUAUAACCGCAAGACCAUCGGCAAAGACGACUAUAAGGACAUCAUGAGGAAGUGUGUGCAGAAGGUGUGCAAUAAUCGGUCGGGUGAGAUCAACCCGACGAAGAUCCGCGAGCUUGUUGAGGGUUACAUCAAGAAGGUCAAGUACUACCGUAAGAAAGAGACACACGUCCCUGGCCACCCCAACGCCUUCGCAGUCUCUACGCCGCCUAUUCAUAAUUGGACUCGUUAAACUCUUCCAACGUCACAAGUUUCUGCGGCUGAUCUACUCAUGCUUACUAUUAUGUAUAUUCCUUAACUCGACUAGUUUCAUAAGUAAAUACCAAUCAAUAUUGGUCCUCGGUGCUUAUAAGUUUACCGUCGAUAAACGAUUUCAGAUAACGAUGCCAAGUUGUUUGUGCUUGACAUGAAUUCUUUAAUACUGGACCGAAGAUAAUUAAAUUGCUUUGUGUUUGUGUUUUAGAUAAUUAUCUAAAUCUAAUAUGAAUUCAUAUUUUGCAUCGGAUAAAGCGGUGUCCGCAUUUCGGAAUAACUAAAGUACACGAGAGAAACUUUAAAUGGAAAAUGUUAUUAUAGAAAAUUCAAAUAAAAUCAAUCUCUUCCGUUGGUUUUUGAUGCUAUUGUAGACGGCAAUUGCGUAAUUACAAAAGUAUUAAAGUAUUUAUUCACGUUGAGACUUAUCUUAUGAUGGUUGUAGUGGUAAUUGAUUCUGCCAUGAACUUGCGUACAGUAAUUUUAUCGGUAUCCUCGCUAAACGAACUUCAUUGAACUUCUAAAUUUAGUGCCGUUCAUCAGAAAAUCGAAUUGUAAAGUUAGUUUAAUUUGUUGAUGAAUUGAUACCUUAUUUUCUCCACGAAUUACUUGUGCUGCGAAAAUUAGUGAGAACUUGACCUGAUAUGAAAACCAGGUUACAUUAGUUACAGUUGCUUUACCUACCUUAUUUUUUACAAUUAUAAUUUUCAUUCGUUUUUGCUACCAUUCAAUUUUCUUCUAAUACAGUCGUAUUUCACUUGCAUAAUGGUAGAGUUUGUAUAAGGUUGAUAAGAAAAUGUGUUACUCAGCUAAUUUAUUUCAAGGCAUUCGUUACUGUACGUAAAAUCAUUUUUAUUACUUCGAGCAGAAAAGAAUUCUAACCGAACCUUGCAUGGGUUAACGAAGCAUGUAAAUAUUAUGUAACUUUUAUUUGUAUUGCUAUCAUAGAUAUAGUAUGCAUCAAAUUCUCAUGAACAAUUAAACCAGUAAUUUUCUGAAUGGGUUUGCUGUCUUUGUUAAGGGAUUUUGUUGAUAUCUACAUGUGAAUAUUGUAAUUUAUAUAAAUAUAUAUCAAACGUGUACUUUUUUCAUAUAGCGCAAUUAUCUUGCUGAGAGGAGUAGAGGGUGGGGGCCACUGACAGCUACUCGAACCUUAGGACAAGGAAAAGCUGACCUCUGUUCAAUUCUUUUUAUCUAUGAUUACACUUAUGUUCGUGUCUAGAACUAAUUGAAUUAUGAAAUAAAACCAUUAAAAUUUA